UAACAAGGGCGACAAUUGCAAAAAAACUGACCUGUUUCGUAAUAUUUUUGACAGCUAACACUAACUCCGAAAAAAUGGCAAACGAACAAAACAAGUACGAAACCAAAGUUGCCCUGGUGGAGAGCAACAGUCGCCCGGCUGGCCAUCAGCUAGUGAACACAUACUUGACUAAUAGAAACUCUGACCCUAUGGACCUCGUGGAGCUUGCUAGACAAGUACAGAAGGCAGAUGAGUUCACCAAGGCUACCUGUGGCAGCAAACUGAUGGUGAUAGCAGACAAUAUCAGGUACCUCCAGGAGCAGGCCAAAAAGGUUCUAGAGGAGGCGAGACGUGACGCCAUGCUUCACCACGCAGCUUGCAACCUCGUGAAGAAGCCAGGCCAGGUGUACUACCUGUAUGAGAGGCAGUCUGGACAGAAAUACUUCUCCAUACUCUCUCCACAGGAGUGGGGAGCCGGAUGUCCACACGAGUUUGUUGGUGCCUUCAAACUGGAGCAUGACAUGAGCUGGACACCGUACGAGCACAUUGACCAGCGAGCACAGGACUUUGCUCUUAUCAACAAGGUCAUGAACGCACAGCAGGCUCUGGUGGAAGCUGCUUCACCAAACUUUAAAGGACUUACCUCAGAGUCUAGGAACAGCUCUACACUGAAAUUGACUGAUGUAGUGAAUGAUGGUGUCCAAAAGAAUGAUGUUGGCUUUCCCUUGGCAUAGAAAUUUUCAAUUUUAUAGGCACAUUUACUUUCUUUUUAUUUUAUAAGCUUUUAAGGUAAAAACGUGUAGCUCAAAGUACUAUUGUUUGCCUAGAUAUGCUUAUUAUUGUCCCCUACCGGUUCCACCGGAGGGGACUUAUGGUUUGCGCUCUGUGCGUCUGUCUGUCUGUCACACUUUUCUGGAUCCUGCGAUAACUUUUAAAGUUCUUUAUAUUUUUUUCAUGAAACUUGAAACAUUGAUAGAUGGCAAAAUGGUCAUUAUGCACGUCAUUAAAUUUGUACCUACAUUAAAAAUUCUUAUUACUAUGACAACAAAUAGACUAGAAAUACUGCUGACAAUGGUGGUUUUCUGGAUCCUGCGAUAACUUUAAAAGUUAUUCAUAUUUUUCAUGAAACUUGAAACAUGAUUUAAUGGCAUUAUGGACAUUAUGCACGUCAUUUCAUUUUGUUCCGUAAAAAAUUAUGGUUGCUAUGGCAACAAAUAUAUAAAAAAAUCUGACAAUGGUAGAAUUUCUGACAAUGGUGGAGCCAGUAGGGGACAUAUUGUUUGGGAAUAGUCUUGUUAACAAUAGGCUAAUUUUACAAAUGGCAGAGAACCCUGUAAGACCUGCCAUAGAAUGGACUCAAUUGUUAUUGCAAUACAUUUGUUGUACAGGAAUAUAAAAUUGUGAUACUAUGUAUCAUAUUGUGAAAUAUUUUACAAUUCGUUAUCGACAAUAUUUGUCUUAUUCCAAAUGUAUCUUUUUGCAAAAUUUCCAGGUUUUGUCUGUUAUUUUCUUGUCUUUUGAUGUAGCGUAUGUAAUAUAUUAUUAUGGAGACAUGUAAAUUCUAUGCAAAUACUUAAAAUUCAUAGUGUAUAGUUCAAUUAUAUGUAUAUUCAUGAGGUGGAAAACGACCAGAUUGCAACAGUGAAUGUUACGGCGCACAACUUUUAUGGGCACAGCAUAAUGCCUUAAAUGGUCUUAAGUUAUAAAACGUAAGUCUUGUGUAUGAAUGUUUGUUUGAGUAACACCUGACAAAACACUUCUCUUGUCCAUGUUCAAGUAUAGAUCAGAAACUGUGUAUAAAAAUUAUCAAUAUAGAUAAUAUUAUUUUUGAAAGAUUUGUAAAUAUUAUAAUGGACAUUGUCUCCUUAUAAGAGCUAAACUCUUCACUUUUUACUUGUAAAAUUAUGAUUUUAUAAAACAUUUUUAGGUAUUAUAUAGUGAUAAUAUGUGGAUAUUUUGGUAUUGUUGUUUCAUGAGUACUUGUGGGAAGUUUUAAUGGACCUUGUGUUAAUAAUGGUAAUAAAUUUUAUAAAUUA